AUGAAUUCAAAAAACCGUGAAUCAUCUGAGAUUGAUCUCCAAUCUCCGGAGAAACCGCAAUGUGGGACAGCGAUUUCUCUGCCUAUAUUACCACCACAUCUUCGGAAUCGCACGCUCGAAGAAAGACAAGCGUUGGAAAAACGCCUAGUCAGGAGGCUGGAUAUACGCUUGAUGCCCAUGCUAGUUUUGAUUUAUAUUCUAAACUAUCUAGACAGAAACGCAAUUGCAGCAGCCAAACUAGCAGGCCUCACCGAAGAUCUUCAACUGUCUUCAGUGCAAUUUCAGACCUCUGUCAGCGUUCUCUUUGUUGGUUACAUUCUGAUGCAAGUUCCCUCCAACCUUUUUUUAAACAAAGUGGGUAAGCCUGCAUUGUAUCUUCCGACAUGCAUGGUUGCUUGGCCCGGUUGUAUGGUGACAUUGAGUGCGUGGUAUACCCGAAAAGAACUGGCACUGCGAACUGCAAUUCUCUACUGCGGCUCCCUACUUUCUGGUGCUUUCUCAGGACUUAUUGCCGCCGGAAUAACCGACAAUAUGGACGGUGUUCGCGGAUUGCGAGCUUGGAGGUGGCUGUUUAUCAUUGAGGGCGCAAUUACCGUCGUCGUGGCUUUCAGUGCUUAUUUCGUUCUGGUCAACUUCCCCCACAACACUACGGGUAUAUCUGACACUGAAAGAGAGCUGGCCAUAUGGCGUCUUCAGAAGGAUAUCAGUGCACAAGGAGAAGAAUCAGAAGAAAACCUCAGCUUGGUUGGGGGCUUCAAACAAUGCAUAGCUGACUGGAAGGUAUGGAUCCUGGUCACUUUGGUUUUCGGAGCAACAUCCAGCGGUACUAUCAAUAGCUUCUUCCCAACUGUCGUGGAGGGGCUUGGUAAAGAUCGUAUUCAAACCCUUCUACUGACAGUUCCGCCAUAUAUUCUGGCCUGCAUUGUUGCCAUGCUGGUCUCUCUGAGCGCCGAUCGAUCAGGUGAACGUUAUUUCCAUUUCACCAUCCCGCUGUGGACUUCAAUUGCGGGCUUCAUUAUCUCAGCUUCCACCACCCAGUUUGGUCCGAGGUAUUUUGCCUUCAUGAUCAUGCUCCCCGGUGUCUAUACGGCUUUUAUUAUUGGCAUUACUUGGGUUGCAAAUACCCUCCCACGGCCAUCAGCCAAAAAGGCCGCGGCCCUCGCUUUUGCCAACGCGAUCGGAAAUUGUUCCUCGAUUUACAGUCCGUAUCUUUACCCCAGCAGUGGUGCUCCUCGCUUCGUUCUUGCAAUGAGUGUCAAUUCCGCAACCUCACUGCUUGCUAUCUCCACUGCAACGAUUUUCAGGGUUCUUCUGCAACGCUUGAAUAGAGGGAUGGAGAGGGAGGAGGUUGAGGAAUAUGACCAGGAGGGCAGGCGGGUAGAGGGCUUCCGGUAUCUCCUGUGA